UAGUCAACUCGCGGAGAGAAAUCUUAUAAAACUUGUGUGAGCAUGUAAGGAUUUCAGAAGCAGAGACAACUGCUGACUAGCCGUGGCGUUGACUGUUGUGUUGAGACAUUUUGGGUUUAAUUCAUGACGAGGCCAGAAGUUAACUGAUAAGUGUUCACAGUCCAAACAGGACCAAGAAUUUAACAGACUUGGGCCUCGCGUGGUAUAUCUUAUUGCACGAAGUUGUCUUUGAAGCAACGACUGCGAAGGUAUUUAUAACUUCUAGUGAAACGGACCUACACAACGAUAGAGAAAACGUCGUUUUUAAACGUAAUUAAAUUUGAUAGCUGAUUUCCAAUUUCCCAUUUCAAAGAUGACCAAGGAUUCUUAAUUUAAUUUUCUUUUUCUUUUUUUUUUGCUAGUGACAACACAACAGCACGCCCAAAGAACAAGCAUCUCCGUUACCUACAGAUUUGCACCCUAUCCAUUCUCUCUGGAAAGUACACAAGCAACUGGUACGUCGGACCGAAUUAUAAGCUAUUAUACCAUUAUAAUAGACUGCUUCCAUUUUGGAGCCAAAAAUUGGGAAGGGAGACACAGCUCGAUCGUCCGACCACCGGUGAAGCAGGUGGCAAGUGGAAACCAAGGCUCGGCCAACAGAGUGCUCACUUCUUCCAGAAGAAAUCGCAAAACAAAGUUCGUCCGCAAUGACGUCAGAAGAGAUGCCAGAGAGAAGGAGCAGAAGUCCAGAGUCGCCACCUCUCUCAGAUCGGAGCGCGGACUCCCCCCAACCCCCUUCACCUUGUGGCAAAGCUAAAGCAGAUAUCCCCUCCAGCCCAAGCCCAGACGAGGAAACCAACUUAGAAACAUCAAGAUCUUCCCCUCCUCUUCCACCGGCCCCCAAAUUAUCCUUCUCCAUCGACAGCAUCCUCUCUACCCCGUUCGUCCCAGCCCCAAAUUCCAACAAAAUUGACGAAAUGGACAGUUCGGAAGCUUCACCUACUGCUCGAAAUUAUUGGGCGGGCAUGAAACCGAAACUGAGAAUUCCCAAUCUGGACUUUGACUCAUCCUCUAGAGGAGCAAGGAUGCUGAACAAAUAUUUCGCAAUGCCGCUGAUUGGGGGAAGAGACGAGAAAGAUAACUUCAAGGCUGGUAGCUCAGAUGAUGACACAGAUGACAGGAAUGAGAGUAAAAGAUUUCACUUUGAAUACAGAAAGAAAAGAUACGGCAUCAGUUCGAAUGACUAUGCUCUUGGAAUGUCGGGAAGUUUUAACAGAGAAGGCUUAGAACAUCACCAGUCUGGCUCGAAAACAAAUGACGACAGCGAUGAUCUCGAUGAUAAUGACGAAACACAGGACGACGAAGAAGAAAUACAGAGGAAGUUGAGUAAUACGUCAUCAGUGAGCACAAGCGGAACAACCAUCAGUAACUCCGGAACAAGUCUUGCUGGGUUCUCAGACACAAACAGAAAGCUCAGCUUUGGCUCUGAUAUCGGCUCCAACUCGUGCGCAUCCAGCAGAGACGGCAGCUUCGAGUCUGAGCUGUUGCUGCGAAGUCCCAGCCCGAGGAAGAGAAAUGUCUGCCGCAUGGGCGGCUUUCCCUACAGCUACCCACACAGGGGCAGACCAAUGGAUGUCAACAACUAUGACGUCUGCAAUGCACUCAGAUACAGGUGAAAAUCUGGUUCCAGAACAGGCGGUACAAAACAAAGAGGCGGCAACUUCACGAGGAACAGAUGAUGGCCGCUAACGCCAAAAAGGCUGCAGUGACAUUACUGAUCAAGGAUGGAAAAAGACUUGGAGACCAAAGGGAUUUCAUGGGACCUUUGUUAUACCCACAAAUUCCAGGGGCAGCCCCAGGAUAUUUUUACUACUUUUAGUCACAAGGUGCAUUUAUUCAAUGAUGGAUGGGAUUGUUAUCAAGACUGUAUUGUCACUGUUGUUGAAAAUUAUAUCUUUUUAAAAAAUCGUUUUUUGUUUUGUUAUAUUUUUCAACUGAAGUUGUAUUCGCAGCGUUAAAUGUAUUCAUUGUUUUUUGAUCUUGUGUCAGUAUUCUGAGCUUGUUUUUAUUGUCUGUUUUGCCCUUUUUGUUCUUAAAAUUUAUUUAAUAUGUUCAACAAAUUAAUAUGGGUUUAUCUGACAUCUCCCUCUUCCCUUUUUCUCUCUUUUUACAUCUCUUAGUGU